AUGUAGUGCUCUGGGUAGUACUUGGCUGCAGAUAUAUUUUAAUGUUGGGGGAAAACUGUUUAUGGGAUGCAGCUCAAAGAAAAGUCUAAUAGCAGACAAUAAAUUGGGGUGAGGGAGAUUAAAAGGGUCUGACAGCAGGCCAGCACAUUAGGUAAGCAACUGUGAUUGAUGAGAAACUUUGGUUUCAGGUUGAACAAAUAGCCCUUGCUGUUGGUCAGUUGAGAUUGAAGAUUUGGUCCCACCCUGUUAAAACACGUCAAGGUUUUCAUACUGUGCACAGCACACACGCACUGCUGGAACUGUUCAAGGUUUAUGAAGAGAAGACAAAGAAUUAAUCUACAGUUUGGAGCUGGGCCUGGAGUUUCUGGAAAAACAAAAGCCAAGAGGAUUUAAAUCUUCUCCUGAAAGUUUAAACCAAAGCUGCUUCUGCGAAUAUCUAUUGCCUGUGAGGUCCCUUCAAAACUAUGGCUUCACAGAGACUGGAAAUAUUUGGAUUAUUGGAUCUCAGGAUUUGGUUCUGCCUGUUGAUAUGCUGUAGCAGCUGUCUAGCCCAAAAGGACUGUACUGGUGUGAAUUGCCCUGUGCUAGAAAACUGCAUUGAAGAGGUGCUGGAGCCUGAGGCUUGUUGUGCUUCUUGCGUGCAAUAUGGUUGUGAAUGUGAGGGUUACCAGUAUUAUGACUGUGUUAAUGGUGGCUUCAGGGAUGGGAAAGUACCCGAAGGAUCUUCAUAUUUUGUUGAUUUUGGAAGUACAGAGUGUGCAUGUCCCAGUGGAGGAGGCAAGAUAAGUUGUUAUUUCAUUCCUUGCCCUGAGCUUCCGCAGAACUGCAUUGAAGUUUUACAACCAGUUGAAGGUUGCCAACAAUGUGCCAAGGUGGGGUGUCUUAAUAAUGGUCAGAAGUACACGGCAGGGCACACAUUUCACAUGCCACCAUGUAAAGUUUGCCAUUGUCCAAAUUCCGGUGGUGAUUUAAUGUGCUAUGCCCUUCCAGACUGUGAUCCCACUCAAGAGAUGAAGACUGCCUAUCCAAUAAUCAAUGAUAAUGAAGAGUCAAUGCGGCAUUAUGAUGACCAAUAUAGCUAUGACCAAGAGCCCCUAGACAAUGAACACUUACUUAAGGAAUCUUCUAAACAUUCCAAAGAGUAUGCACCAUUUAAUAGCAGGCAACAGAAGUCUGCCAGUAGGAACUUAGACAGUGAUGAUGAUGAAAAUGAAGACUAUGAUUACAAAGAAAAACAUGUGAUUCCUAAUAGUCCCCAUGGCCCAUUUCAUACCACAAGGGUACCAGAUAUCGUCAGCGUUACCCCAAUGGAUACAACUGCCAAACCCAUUACAUUUGAAAAGGAAAGGAAAGAUACAUGGGGAGAAGAAGAACUCCAAAGGGAACCGAUCUCAAAGAAAAAAAUAUUAGAAGAAAAGAUAGAAAGCAGGGAAAAUAAAGAGGAACAAACAGAUCAUGUAUUUCCUAAAAUUAUAUUUAGUCUCACAAAGCAACCCCCUUUUGCUGUUAAGGAAGAUGAUAAUGCAGUACCAAACAAACAGCCUCAAGCACUGUUCUAUUAUCCUUUUGAUGAAGAGGAGGACACUAAUAGCAUUAAACUAAGCCCAGAUUUGGAUGAAGGAAAAGUAGGACAUAAUAUCAGUGAGCAGCUCGUACAGACUAUUCGUCCUAGUGAUCCAUCGCUCACCAGUGUGGCUCCCCUGCCCAGAGCAAGUGAGGGUGUAAAUCCUCCAACAGGAAAUGCGUUGGAAGAAGAGGCCAAAUACUUUGAUGAUGACCUGGGUACUUCCAGAUUCACAACUGCUGCCACUUCAGGAUCCACAACUCCUGCUACAUCCUCCCCAUCUCCAUCGUGGUAUCUCAAUUACUCCAGCACUGGCUCAGAGAAACCUAUUGACAAGGAAAUAGAUGUUUCUGCAGCAGAUGUGAUUGAAAGUUGCUGUGCUACUGGGCAACAAUGGGCUGAAAACAAUGGCCAGUGCUUUGAUAUUCCUGUGAGGAGUCUUGACUCUGCUACCUGCAGAAUUGCACAGAAACAGUGCUGUGUCUCAUACAUGGAGGAACACAGCUGCUUGGUUGGCAUUAACUUUGCAAAAGAAAAUGAAGACUGCUAUGCAAAUCCAAAUGAUGUUUGUGGAGCGGACAUAUAUACGAAAUGCUGCGACUGCUGUGUAUUAGGAAUUACAUUUCGGAGCCAGCAUGGAAUAUGUGAAGAAAAGCCAAGCCUAGGCCAUCCAUGCAGUCAAGCAUUUUUAAGCUGUUGUGAGGGAGUGGAAGAUAUUACUCACCUUCCAGUAAGAAGAUGGCUGAAACCAAAGCCACUGCCGGAGAAGGCUCUUGUUCCUGACCAAGUUUUAGAAACAGAAAGUCUUAAGGAAGCUCAUUCUGUGAGUGAAGACGAGGCUGCAUUCAACUUCAUAACUGAUGGCGAAUUAAGUGAAUGCUCAAUGUAUCCUGGACAAUUGUGCCAACAUUUCUGUAUCAAAACAGUGGAAUCGUAUGAGUGCACCUGUUUCCCAGGAUAUAUUCUGCAAGCAGAUGGACGUACCUGCAAGUCAGAAUACGAAGAUGAGGAAAACACUUUCACGGAGGCAAAGGCUACUCAAGAAUCACAAACUCAAACAUCUGUUGAAAUGGAUCGCUGUGGAGAUGCCAGUCCAUGCAUGCACUACUGCAAACAGAUUGGAGAGGAUAUUAUUUGUUCCUGUUUCUCUGGUUAUAGAUUGAUGACAGAUCAGUUCUCAUGUGAAGAUGUGAAUGAAUGCAUAAUGGACUCACACAACUGUUCAAGAGAAGAAUCCUGUGUGAACACCCAAGGAUCAUUCCAGUGUAUCCCUGCAAAGAUCUGUGAGGAUGGCUUUAUCCGAAAUGCAAAUGACAAAUGUGUUGAUAUUAAUGAGUGUUUGCUGGAGUCCCAGAACUGCAAAUUUGGGGAAAUCUGUAUUAAUACAGUUGGUUCCUUUAGAUGCCAGAAAACGAUUAUUUGUGGAACAGGCUAUGAACAAGUGGAUGAUCAAUGCCAAGAUAUCAAUGAAUGCGAGCAAGGCAAUCACAACUGCGCAGUAAAUUAUGAAUGUCAGAACACUCCAGGGUCAUUCCGUUGUCAUCUAAAAAUGCGUUGUUCGGAGGGAUUUCUGCAGGAUUCACAGGGCAUCUGUCAUGACAUUAAUGAAUGCACCGCUCUAGCUCAGCCUUGCAAACCUGGGUUCAAUUGCAUUAAUACAGUUGGGUCUUACAGCUGCCAAAGAAACUUCAUCACUUGUGGAAGGGGUUAUCACGCUAGCCCUGAUGGUAUCCGUUGUAUCGAUGUUGAUGAAUGUCAGAGUGGAGUGCAUCGAUGUGGUGAAGGGCAAGUCUGUCAGAAUACACCUGGAAGCUAUCGCUGUGAUUGCAAGAGUGGUUAUCUAUACAACUCUGUCAGCAGAACAUGCAUUGAUGUUAAUGAAUGUUGGCGCUAUCCUGGUCGACUGUGUGCACAUACUUGUGAGAAUACCCCUGGGUCCUAUUAUUGCACCUGCAGCACUGGAUUCAAACUAACUCUUGAUGGCAAGAACUGUGAAGAUAUAAAUGAAUGUGAGAACAAUCUAUGUGGGCAGGAAUGUGCCAAUAUCUAUGGCUCCUACCAGUGUUAUUGCAGACAAGGCUACCAACUCACCGAACUAGAUGGACAUUCCUGUGAGGAUAUCGAUGAAUGUGCACAAAGUGGAGGCACACUUUGUACAUUCCGCUGUGUGAAUGUCCCUGGCAGUUAUAACUGUGCCUGUCCUGAGGUUGGUUAUACAAUGUCACCAAAUGGAAGAACAUGUAGAGAUAUUGAUGAAUGUGCUAUAGGAACACACAACUGCACAUCAACUGAAACCUGCUUCAAUAUCCAAGGUGGAUUCCGAUGCCCAGCCGUGGAUUGUCCACCAAACUAUAGAAAAGUGUCUGAUAUGCGCUGUGAACGUAUGAUGUGUCCCAACUACGUGGAUUGCCAGAACACACCAGUCAGAAUCACCUACUAUCAGCUGACUUUUCCAACCAAUGUCCAGAUUCCGAGCACCAUUUUCCGUAUUGCGCCAUCACCUGUAUAUGUAGGAGAUAGUAUUGUCCUGACCAUCACUAAAGGAAAUGCCGAGAAUUACUUCAGUACACGGAAGGUGAAUGCUUACACUGGGGUUGUGUUUGUACAGCAGCAGUUCACGGAGUCCAAAGACUUCUUACUUGAUGUUGAAAUGAAACUCUGGCGCCAGGGAAUGUUCACUUCAUUCCUUGCUAAAAUUUAUGUAUUUGUUUCAGCUCAUCCUUUCUAAAGCAAUCACUGUACCUGCUGUACAUGAUAUAACUUAAAGCUCAACAUUAAUAUGCCCACAAGGCCAAUAUACAUAAUGGGAGGACUUUUGACUUUGAAGUCCCUGGAAGUGAAACCCUGGCUAUACUCAAUAAAUAUCGUUUGUUUUACACACUCAUCCAAAAUCAAAAUUACGUCCAAUGAAUCUAAAGUCACCAUUGGCAUUACAUUCACUGCAUCUCUUUUUGUCCCCACCAGAAUAUAUAGUUUUAAUUUGUGAAAUAACUUAAUCAGACUGCGAUGCCUGUGUGUGGGUGGAGCACAGUCUUUCUGAGUCACAUCAGAUUCAUGGAUGCCUGGCCAUAAUGGUAAAUGAGACAAAUCCUACUGUACAGGUUUCACAAUCCCAUGUAUAUUCAUUUCCAUUUUUUUUAGCACGAUAAAUGUUAAAAGCAGCAAAUUUUAACAAAGUUUGAACAGAUUGUGGUGCAAUGCCAAUCCCACUGAAGCGAGUCAUCACCUUUGUGGGAAGUUAGCAUGACAAAUAAAAGGGGCUUUUCGUAACUCCCUGAAAAAAAUGAACAAGGACAUUUUUUUAUAAAGACAAUGGGCGUAAACUUAUCUUGCCAUAAUGCAAAACAGCAAUAGCAAAUCGGCAGCCACAUGAGGAGGGAUGUAAAACAGGUUGCCAAUUUGCUAUUACCCAUGCUGCACUAUUGACCAAGAUAAAUUUUAACCCCAGUGUUUCUUGAAGUGGCGCAUGCAACUGGAAUAUGUUAAUGUGGAAUUGCUCUUCUAAGAUCUGAAGUCCGUUGACUGGUUACAUUUCCUACAUGGCUUUAGUUGUUCAACUUGAUUUCUUCUUACACUAUUCUAGACAACUCUAAUUUUAAACUAGAUUUCUGGCCUUCAAGGUGGGGGGAUGGUUAGAACUUUACUGCAAAUCACGUGUAGACAUGUUGAAAGAAAUGGUUGGUGCGAGAAUCAGUAAUUUGUACAAAACCAAAGUAUUUCAACAAAAGUUUAAACUGGAAUAGAUUUGCUCUUUUGUUUUACUGAAACUAGCUUUAUAAAGUAAUCAUGACUCUGGAGCUAUAAAAAGUUUUUUUUUUCUCAGCCAUUAUUUCAUGCUUUGUUAAGCACAGCUGAUAUUUACCUAAAAUGUACAGCAAAUCUAAAAGCUAAAAUGUUUACACAUUUUCUAAAUAUGUAUUUUUGGAACUGGAGACUGUUUGUUGUCAUGUGAAAGUUUAUUCUGUAUUAAUAACCCUCAAAGGGUUAAACAUGUUGCCACUCUUAGCCAUGUAGCCAUGUAAUGAACUUUUUAUUAAACAUGGGCUUAGAAUUCAAAUAGAAAAUAAAGUAAGUCUUUAUA